UAUUUCUAGGCUUUCAAAAUCUCAAUAAAGGAGAUAAAACAAAAGAACGCAUAAGUCAGAUAUAUGAAGCAAAAUAUUCAGACAAGACACCCUCUGUUAAUUUUCUGCUCAAAACGUAUUGUGCUUGCUGGUGCCUGGCCGCCGUGGCAGCGCGCAGCGAGCUACGCAGCAGAGGCAUCAGUUAACAGCCGGCCACCACCAGGUGGGAUGCUUCUUCUUCCGCCGCCUUUGAGUAGCUGGAUCGAAGCACAGCGCUUCAAUCAAAAUUAUCACUACCAUCAAAGCGCUCAACCCAUACCGGCUGAAGUAAGAGACCAGACACAAAGAUCUUAUCUGGCUCCAAGUCAAAUGGCUCCUACAAGUUUUUCCAAGGACACAAAAACCAACUGUGUGAUGUCUCCAGCAAGUUCACCAGUGGAUAAAAGCUCCUGCUGUGCAAUGUCUUCUUCAGUCUCCCACAUGGAUGGACUUUCUCACAACCUAAAGUCUAAUACAAACUCUCCAGAGGAGGCAAAGCCUGAUGGUGUAGUACCUAAUGGAAGUUCUCAAGAGGACUUAUCGUCUGACUGUCUCAUGUCUACUGCAAGUUUUCCAAAGAACACAAAAUCUGAUUAUUUAUCAUCUCCUGCUGGUUCUGAAGAGGAUACAAAACAUGAUGACCCUCUAAUGUCUUGUACAAGUACUCAGAUAACAAAACCUGACUCCAUAACACCUCUUGCAAAAUGUUCAGAGGUGACACACUUUCCUUGUCUUGUGUCUCGUAAAAGAUGUCAAGAGGGGACACAGUCUAUCGGUCUAUCAGAUUCUGAAAGUUGUUCAGAGAAGACACAUUCUGCAUGUCUUGUGUCUUGUCCAGCGAAGAAACAGAAACCGUCUACCAGUCUGCUGUGUCAUAAAUGUCCAGAGGAGAAGCAGUCAGUCUGUCAGCUGUGUUUUAAAAGGUGUCAGGAGAUCACUCACUGUACAUCAUGCACUAGCCAAGGUAAAUCCCAGACAGAAAUAGAGAUUGUCAAAUCAAAUGAGCUUCGACUUCUCCAGCUUGAAGAUGUGGAAGCACGUAGGAAAAUACCCAUUAGCAUGUUUCCACCAAGAUCUAGGUCACUCUUCCCUUUGGCUUAUAAAACACUUGGUUUAGGGAAGACUCAUCACUUUAAAGAUCAUGAAGGAGAUUGCUCAGCCAUUGCAGCUAGUAUUGCUCGUGAUGUCUCCUUAAUCAUUACGAGAACUUUGUAGUUUUAGGGAUGUAGGUUUGAUAACAGACUCGUUAUCUUUAGAAUUAAUAACAGAC